AUGUAUUUUUUGAACAUUUUUCUAAUUUUCCCCUCCCUUUUGCUUCUUUUAAAAUUAAUUUUGGGUGCUGAUAAGGAUGUAGAAUGGGGAUAUGAGGAACACAAUGGACCUGAUAAAUGGAUACAAAAAUGUAAGGAAGGCAAGAAUCAAUCACCUAUUAAUAUUCAAACAAAAAGUCUCAAAAUAAAUUGUUUGGAUAAACUUGAACUUGUAAAUUACAAUAAUUCUGGAAUUGUUGAAAUAAAUAAUAAUGGGCAUGGAGUUAUCGUCAAAGGAUUUGAACAUUGGGAUCCAAAGAAGAGACCCUAUAUUACUCGUGGAGGGCUAAAAGGAAAAUAUGUUCUGUUACAAUAUCACUUUCAUUGGGCAGUUGAUCAUUUGGAGGGGAGUGAACAUUGUAUAGACGGAAAGUAUUAUCCUGUUGAGCUUCAUUUAGUUCAUGUCAAAGAAGGAUAUACUUUAGCCGAAGAUUUGGAAAAGCCUGAUGGAAUUGCUGUUGUUGGGUUUUUUAUGAAAAUUGGGAAAAUUGGAAGGAAAAUGGAGAAUAUGGAGGAAGCAAUGAAACUAGUAGUUAAACAUGACACAUCAACAACACUUUCCAACUUCACUAUUGGUGCACUUCCAAAGACUUUGGACAAUUUUUAUCGUUACCAAGGGUCUUUAACUACUCCAAGUUGUAGUGAAUCUGUAACUUGGACAAUAAAUGCAAACCCUUUAACUAUUGAUAGAGAACAGGUAAAUUAG